AUGAGCGCUGAUGUUCCUCCCCCUUCUUACGACUCCGUCGUCAAAGAAAUCAAACAACACGUCGACUCCAAGUCCUCCUCCGAUGAGAUCGUUGCCACCGCCCACAACCUCACCGACGAGCAGAUCAAGGCUGUCAUGGACAACGCUGAGAACGCCAAACCAUUCACGAAAGAGGAGAAGGAUGCCUUGAUCAAGCAGCUUGGGAGGGAGCUCUCCUCGAAAGAGUCUCUUCCAUACCUGCAGAAAAGUGCUGCAGAUGCGGCUCGGGCAUGCGGUAAUCUUGAGGAAAUCUUCUUGGGUUUAGCGGUGACGUUGGCAUCGAUCGACGCACAGAAUGCGCAUCCAAAGGAGGGGCCAUUCACUCCUCGGUUGAAAGACAUCCACGAUAGCUUCCGCCGAACAUUGCACAAGAGCACAGAUUUGGCCGUGGUCAUUGCUGCCUAUGGUCUACGAUUCGAGAAGGUCAUCAUCCCGAUGUGCCAGGACCCAAGGCUGACGACGAAACAGCGCGAAGACAAACUCGGCCAAUUCAUUAAAGAUGCCGAGAAAUUCAAGGAGAAGUCUGAAGCCAUGAACAAAGAGUUCGAAGACCUCAAAGGGACGUUCGGCGUCUUCGUCGGGUCCUUCAACCAUUGGUCCUCCGACAAGGAGGAGCAGUUGAGUAAGGAGCUGACGGAGGCGAAGGCGCAGCUGGAGAAGGUCAAGCAGGAGCUGAAACGCUUGGAGGAUUUCAUGAAGCAGAUGUUCCAAGGCGGCAUGUUUUCGGGUGGCUGGACCAACCUCAUGGAAAUCUUCGCGAUCGUCCUAUCGACGGGGGCUUUCCCGACGAUCUUGUUUUCGCUGGGCAUGCUUUUCGGCCCAGGUAUCGGGGCUAUGGGUCUUCGUAUGGCAAUUGAAAACCGUAAGAAGAAAGUGGAUGAGAAGCAAGCUGUGGUGAAUCACCUGGAGGAUAAGAUCGGAAAUAUCCGAAAGGCUCGAGAACGCUUGAACAAGAUCGGAGAAGGCGACCUAGCCAAGUUCAACGCCAACAUCAGUGUCCUAAGUGGAUUCUGGCAGUGCGCGAAGAACGACGCAAUCGAGGUCAGGGAAUGGCUUGAAGGAGGGGCGAAAGAUGCCGAUAUCCCAGAGUAUAUGAUGGUCUCUCUCGACGGGUCUAUUCGAGUCUACGAGAGAAUGGCGGCGUACCUGCGUGCAUAUGCUGACGGAGUUCAAUCUGUGGGCGUUCCUGUCCCACAGUAG